GUGAGAGUCUGGCGUUACCUGAAAGGCAAAGACAUCGUCACUCAUGAGAUCCUCUUGGAUGGCGGGAACAAGGUGGUUAUCGGUGGCUUCGGGGACCCAUUAAUCUGCGACAACCAAGUCUCGACUGGGGACACACGGAUUUUCUUCGUCAACCCAGCCCCGCAGUACAUGUGGCCAGCACACCGCAAUGAGCUGAUGCUGAACUCCAGCCUCAUGCGGAUAACGCUGCGCAACCUGGAGGAGGUGGAGCACUGCGUGGAAG